GGGCCCUAAACGUUACUGCUGGUGGGAGAAACUUUUUUUUUCAGGCAAGGUCCGUCAAGUUGUGGCACCCUCGACCUAACAGGACACACUUUGUACCAAACAUUUGCGCCCAGCUCAACUUUCAACUCCUUUAACAGUUACAUCGCUUAAGGCAGCAUGGAGGAGUCUUCAGAGCCAUCUCACUGGGUGUCUUCAUCGCUGCUGGGCUCAGAUACUCUGGCGGCCUUCUCUUCUGAAUCCGGUCUUCUGCCUCCAGGAGAGGACGGAGAUGCCUUCUUCUCCAGCCAGGACGCAGACUACACCAACCUGUCCUCCUUCUUCUCCAGCCCGAGUCAGAAUCGAACACCGUCCACCUAUAGGAACGGCUCUGUGCGCCAAGCGUUCACCUCACCGAGUCUCCUCAGCAACCUCCAGCUGCUGGACGGGCCGACCGCUCACUCCCUGGGCUCGGCCUACAAUCCUCCCGACAGCACCUGGAGCGGCAGCCAUCUGAGCAAAAGCACAUUCCCCACCUCUUUGUACAUGGGGCUCUCCUCCUCUCUCACCCCUUCCAGGGAUGGCUACUCGUCCCCACUUCGAGAAAGUCCUCAACCUCAGGAGGCCCUCAAGGCCGAGCGUAUGAGUCCACUUGAGGGGCCGACGUCCUGCAACGGGUUUCUAAAUCUGACCCCUGCGGUCGGGGGCAUGUAUACGCCGACAUCCCACUCGCACACGCACGUGCUAAGCUCUUACGGUCCAUACAUGACGGGCCCUCAGGACUACGCCGCGGCCAACUACUACAGCAGCCCCGGUACCUGGAUAAGCCCCGCCUACUCUCCAAAACUUCGCAACAAAUUGAGAAUAUCCACACCAGAGGCCAGAGAGUGUGUUAACUGCGGAGCCACGGCAACCCCACUUUGGCGCCGGGAUGGAACAGGCCACUACCUGUGCAAUGCCUGCGGACUCUACCAUAAGAUGAACGGCCAGAACAGACCUCUGAUCCGACCCAAGAAGAGAUUGAUCGUCAGCAAGCGUGCAGGCACACAAUGUGCCAACUGUCAGACAAGCACGACAACACUGUGGAGACGCAACGCAAACGGGGAGCCCGUGUGUAACGCUUGUGGCCUCUAUUUUAAACUCCACAAUGUCAACAGGCCCCUCACGAUGAAGAAAGACGGCAUUCAGACUCGCAACAGGAAAGUGUCCAACAAGAACAAAAAAGGUAAAAAGGCAGCCAUGUUGGAGACGUUCGCUGAUGCCGCCCCGUCGCUUUCCGCCGAGGACAACGGCGGGCCCUUUGCCCUCGGCCAUGCGACUCUCCUGACUUACAGCCCCGCACCUCACCUCAUUCCCGGCCCAUCGCCUCUGCACGCUUCGGCUCCCUUAGCAUACCCGCACCACCGCAACCUGGGCAUGAUGCCCACGUUAGUUUGAAUGAGGGUGAGUGCGGGCUAGCUGGUGAUGUAAAUAGAAGCAAACUUGAUGUAACUGUCUUUUUGAUUAUUCACGGUGUGAAGAUAUUCAUAAGUGAUGUCACGGUCUGCACUGUAAAAAAAAAUUGGGGGGAAGUUUAAAUUG